ACACAAGCCAGCAUGAACGAGUGGAAUGAGCUGCUGAAGGCGGAACUAUUGCCACCGUCCGGGAGCUACCGGGCGGAGGUGGACGUACCGGGCAGCAUGAAGUGUGGUUUGCUGCGGCCAACGGUUGCGGCCUCGUUCGCACAGCCUCUGGAUGACAGUGGACUCUAUCAUCGGCACCCGCAGAAGAGCAUUGCUAACCCACCCGUGCUGGAGGAUGCGACGGAAAAGCACGGUUCAUCCUCAGAACUCACCCCUUCAGGAUGGCGUGAGAAGGUAGUAGCCUACGACGAUGCACCGGAACAUUUGCGGUUUAAUCCAUUCAUCCGUACCGGCUACCGGACGUACCUGUCCGCACGUCUCUGUCUGGAGAGCAUGUUCUGGUGGACGAACGAGACGGUCAACAUCUGGAGCCACAUUCUCGGCCUGUGCGUGUUUCUUAUCCUGGCGUACUAUGACACCGCCAUGCUACAGAUACAGGCCAGCACGGUCGAUAAGGUGAUCGUCGGGAUGCUGCUACUCAGCUUUCAGCUCUGCAUGAUCUUCUCCUCGAUAUAUCACACGUUCUCGUGCCACUCGGCCGACAGCUACGAUCGGCUGCUCGCGUUCGACCUGUUCGGCAUUGCACUGUCCCUGUUGGCCAUCUUUAUGAGCGGCAUCUACUACGCCUUCUGGUGCAAUCAGCCGUUGCGCGACUUCUACAUGAUCACGAUCGGGGUCAUCUUUGCCGCGGCCAUGGCCCUGCAGAUCCCGCAGCUGAACGUGCACUCGAACAUGAAAAUGUUGGCCUUUGUGGCGUGGGCCGCGUACGGUGUCGUACCGACGCUGCACUGGUACUUUGUCAUGGGCGGCACCGAGAGUACGAUGGUAAAGAUCUUUAUCCCGCGCGUUGCAGUGAUGUAUGCGUUGUCCGGUUUCGCCUUUUUAAUAUAUGUUGCCAAGAUUCCCGAACGUUGGUGCAUCGGUUGGUUUGACUGCAUUGGACAUUCACACAACUUGUGGCAUUUAAUCGUACUGGCAGCAUUGUGCUACUGGCACAACAGCGGUCUUGAUUUUGCCAAUUUCCUCAUCGAAAAUGGUUGCGUUAAUGAUAGAGCGAAAUGUUACGCACUCACCGUCACUGAUGGGCACUAA